CACGUUUCAUUAUAACGGUGGUGUUCCUGGUAUAAAAGUCAGCCCUAUCCACUCGUAAGGAAGGUGUUGUGAUCCAGCAACCAACGAAAAAAUCUUUCAUUUCUUCAAAUGGAAAACUCGAAAAGCAAAAGUGCUUUGCAACCAACUUCCGUUUCCGGAGAUGAAGUGACUUCAAUGCCUUACACUAUGGAAAUUGUUUGGUCAAAGGUUGUCUUUUAUAUUUAUCUCCACUUAACUGCGCUCUACGGAUUCUAUCUCUGCUUCACGUCCGCCGCACUGACAGCAACUUUGAUUUGGGCUUCACUUUUGUAUCUGUUUGGCGGAUUUGGAAUAGCGGGUGGAGCGCACAAACUGUGGUGUCAUCGCGCUUUCAAAGCCAACUUACCUCUUCGUGUUUUGAUUGCAGUUGCGCAAACGGUUGCCCAUCAGGGUGACAUUUACACGUGGAGCUGGGAACAUCGGGUGCACCACAAGUUUAGUGACACGGACGCCGAUCCUUACAACUCCAGACGGGGAUUUUUUUUCUCUCAUAUUGGCUGGAUGAUGUGCCAAAAGCAUCCGGAAUUUACUCGAAUGGAAAAAACCAUCGAUGUUGGCGAUCUUUUACAAGAUCCUGUCGUAGUGUUUCAACGAAAAUACUACACUUCAUUGGCCUGGAUGCUUUGCUAUGCUAUGCCAGCCGCCGUACCUUGGUAUUUUUGGGGAGAAUCUCUAACAACAGCAUUUUUCGUCGCUUCCAUGUUUCGUUACGUGUUCACGCUCCACGCCACCUGGCUCACCAACAGCGCAGGCCACAGUUGGGGAAAACGACCAUAUGACAAACAAAUCAAUCCAUCUGACAGUUUACUGGCUGCCAGUUUCAGUCUUGGCGAAUGGCACAACUACCAUCACGCUUUCCCCGGAGACUACCGAGUUGCUGAAUUGGGGAGUUCCAGGACGAGUUUCCACGUCGUUGUGAUCGAUUUCUUCGCCUGGCUCGGUCUCGUUUACGACCGCAAAACCGUCCGCGGAAAAGUUGUCCGCGGCCGGGUUCUCCGGACGGGAGACGGCACUCAUUCCUUUGCCUUAAAGGAUUGUCCGUUUAAUUCCGGCGAUAUCAAAGACCACAGUGUUGUUGAUGAUGAAAUUUGAGUUCGAUGCGCAAAAUUAUAACUGAAAACGCGAAGAUUGCAAAUGAAGCUUUCUGUCGCUGUCGUACUUGAUAGUGGGAAAAGGUUUGAUAUCAUAAUAUAAGGAUGUUAAACUUAUUAUUAUUAUUUUUUAAUUUUAGACAAAUCAUUUGAUAGUCUUCCCCAUUUAGUGUUUGGUGAAUGACACAACAACCACCACUUUUUCUUUAGUUAUUCGGUUGCUCCGUAAUAGUGGCGCACACAGUAAAAGAACCUGACGUUCUAAUUUCCGCCCCCAAUAAUUUUCAAUGUUAAUUAAAGUCCAGAGAGAAAGAUAUCGGUGACGGUCGCUCAGACAUUUUGUUAUGAAAAAAGAAAAAAACCCUAAUUUUAUUUUGCCCGAGAUCAGUGAGAUUCUUUAGCGCUGCCAUAAGUCAUCAAACGUAAUGUUUGGGUCACACACAAGGUCGAUUGUGUGUGCUUAGCAACGCCCAACAUGCCGUAGUUUACUUUGAUAGUAUACUUUGAGGACAGAAUGUUUUGGCCACACAAGGAAUACAUCGGUACUAUAUCCUCACAACUUUUAUACAGUUUCGUCAAGGUAACGCUGCGCAUUUCUCCGUACAAAAGAUCACAUCCUCGUUGACUUGAGAAAAGUUUGUUGCCGGAGUUGCGGGACCGAAAAGUAAGUGCACUGAUAAGUACCGUAUUCAACAUUUGAUCUAGAUUUUUAGAACUUCCGACUUGUUCUCAAGUUGUUUGGUUGUCUUGUUAUGUAACCUAUUCUUUAACUUGCAACCUGCAAUGGAAAUUAUUUGGCGAAAUGUUGUGGUGUAUACUGUUUACCUCACACGCUAAUUACGACCGUAUGACAAGUUGGUUAUUAUUAUUAUUUAUUUUAUUUUUCAAAUAAGAUUCAACGACAUUAAUUUAUAUUUUUAAUAGUUUAGAUAAAUCAAAUCCUCUGACAGCUGACAGCCGACUGGCUGCCAGUUUCAGUUUUGGCGAAUGGCACAACUACCAUCACGUUUUCUCGUGGGACUACAAAGUAUAGCCGAAAUUAUAGGAAGUCCUGGAAUAAGUUUUCUACGCGUAGUAGUUGUGAUCGAUUUCCUUAUCUGGCUCGGUCUCCGUUUACGACCGGAAAAUCUCCGGACGGGAGAUGGCACUCAUCCCUUUGCCUCAGAGAAUUGCCCACAUAUUCUAAUACAUUCCGAUGAAAAUGUCGGAGAAAAAGGAAUUAGCAAUUCUACAACCUGCUCCGACGGACGAAAUCUCCCGUGAACAUCAAAUCGAUACGUAGAACACGCAAAGUAUGAAGUUGCUAAAUCAGCGUUGAAACAAUCCUUAACAACAGUUUUGCCCUUAUCAACAACAGACAGUUGAAUUGCUUUGAAUCCGUCACUUUGAAGUUCCCUUUUCCCUUAUGUAUAUAUCCACGAUUUUUUAUUUAAGCACUCACUGGAUGCAUGGAGACAACUGGUGUCGAAUUUAAGAUCCCAACAUUUGUUUGCCUUUUACAACUUUCAUUUUACAACUAAUCCACUAAAGUGAUUUAACCUUUUGUUUAGAACAAAACUAAUCUUAUAAUUGCGUUCCAGCAUGGGGACGAGAACAAUUCGACGAAUGAGCUUUGCGAAAUUAUUCAUUGUGAAAUGCACAGACAUGGUAAAAUAAAAAAUAAAAAUCCUUUUAGCUUAUUAAUUCGUCGCUUGUUUACAGGAAUUGCCUCAUAGAGAGACGUGGGGUAUUUUUAAUUGCGAUGGUCGCGUGUAUUUCAUUCUUUCACGAUGUUGGUCAAAACGCGUGCAGUAAUUUACAUUCAAAGUACAGUGAUACAAUUCUUUAAUCUCUAAUUAUUUUUCGCUAGAUGAGAGUGCUGUUGUGUGCAACACCAAGAUGGCGACCCAAAAACCAUCUAAUUCGUUUUUGAAUGAUUUCAGAAUUCAAUGAUAAGCCGGACGGGUUUCGAGAUACUUUUUAAUGUUGUCGUUACUACCGAUUUGGCUGACUAGAGCCGCCAUGUUGGGACUAUCUUUCAAUAUGUCUGGAUGCUUGACAGUAGCGUGAUUGAAGAAGGCGUAGCAGGCUAUGUCAGCCCAGGUGACGCCCUUGCCGACCAGCACUCCACCGUUCUUGGCCAGCUGAGCUUCCAGGACGGCCAUGUGCGGAAUCAACUUUUCCGAAGCGAAUUUAGUCAUCAGGACCUUCUGCUUCUCGGGAUCUUGUUCGUCGUGCACCGGUCGACCGUCUGCCAAUUGAUAAAAGCAAAAGAGUUAUGACGCCAGCAACCGAAACGACGGUAAUAAUGGUUGAUUACUAAUCAUGAAAUCUUUGAUGCAGUCGGCGUACAUGUCGACUUGAGCUUGUUCCCAGUCACCCUGGCCGGCCAAACCGUGUUGCCGGGCAAUGUAUCGCGCGAUUGCGUAAGAUUGGGACAGAAGUUUACCGUCCAACUCCAAAACGGGUGGCAGAUGUUAAAUUCGUUGGAAACGUCACAGGCCCAGUUUAUACUUACUCGCUUUCAGCUGUGGCCAUUCGCUGGGCUCGAAACGGACAUCUUCGAACGGCACUCCGGCGUAAUGGAAAAUCAUCCGGGGCAGCUCGCCCAUUCCGUGCAAAUUAAAAUAAUGCAGUUUGUAUUGCGGCAUAUCUAUUUUUCUUUUCUUCUUUCUUUAUAGUUUACCAAAUGGGUCUGACGGAUAAGUCGGAGAUGCGUUUAUAGUUGUUGAAAGUAGUAUAGUAUAACUUCGUUUCCGUAUGGGUUCUCCUAUUUAUCUAGUCGCAGCUGGAAAGGUCCCGCACAAGCGCACAAGUUUUGAAACACGGACGUAACCAACGGAGACACUCGAUAAUGAUCAGCAGCAGAUCGUAUCGGAUGCGAUUGAAUAUUUUAUUACCUUCUGCGGUCUACAGGAACGUCAAAUGCGGCCAGAAAUUGUGUUUGGGAAAACUGUUGAGAUGGAAACCGGCAAGUCAUCUCACCGCGCCUCUAUCGAUUGAAUAUGCGAGUGGCGCGGAGAAGAUAACAAAAUAAUCUAUCAAACGGGAUUAUAGUUAUUUUUUAAAAAUAUCGAUUGCUAUUCCAUCGAUCUACAGUGCAGGAAACAUUGUAUUCUCCUACAUUGUGGAUACUUCAGUGUUUCAAGCUGGCGUUAAUAAUAGCCGUGUGCUUAGGGGGUCUAGUGUUUCGCGAUCCGUACAAGGAUCGAUUCCGUCACUAGUGGAUCGAAUGAAUGUGAGCAACUGAGAUGGAUGUAACCGGCCAGACAUGACGAAUGCGGACCCACUAGAAGAAGAAGAGGAUAAAUCGACUCUACACUCGAGAUGUUUCCCGUGACCGAUGGAUGUCGCGGUAGGACAAGAUAUGUUCCUUCAAUCUUUGUUGGCAGGUAUAAAUCGGUAUAAUUACAUUUUUGGGAAAGAAGCACUCCUGGCUGAUGACUGCUAGACAAUCUUGAUUAUUUACUUAAUAAAAGGGGCGACGCCAAGCCGAGUUACAGAUGCCUUAUGUAAAGAAACUUCAAACAAACACUGUAUAGCCAUUGUUAAGGCUUUUGGACGUAGACAUGACUUGCAUUUCCGCGAAAAUGAAAUGUGGAAUACCAGGAAAAAUGUGGCUGCUGUGGUCUAAUACAAGAAGAGUUUUAAACUUUAUAGCUAGUAUAUUUGAACAAAAUCUAUUGCAAUAAUAAUAUUUAAAUUUCGGUUUUAGGACGAGAUUCAACCCAUUUCUUAAUGUUGGGCAGAGCUUCGACCAUAGCGAUCAAAGCUUUCAAGAGUGGCGCAUCCUUCAAGAAGUCCUCGCCGAAUUUCUCGACAAGGAAGGCGAAGUAACCGUAGUAAGCCAAAUCAGCCCAGGUCAACUGCAAACACAAAAGUUUUCAAUCAGACGGGGUUCUCACAAAGGUUUUAAGUAAUCAAAUCCACCUCUUUUCCAACCAGAUGUCCACUACCGUUUGUCUCCAAGUGCUUCUCAACAAUAGCAACAUGGGGGGCAACAUUGUCAGUCAUGAAUUUCUGGUAGAGCUCCUUCUGCUUGUCUGCAUCCUUCUCCAAGAAUGCUGGUCUCAUACCUGAACACAAGAGAAUGCUGAAUAUACAGGUAAUACAAUUUUCAAUCAAGUACUAGUUACCAGUCAUCAAGUCGUUGAUGUUGUCAGCAUACAUGUCAGCCUGUGCCUGUUCCCACUCAUCUUUGCCAGCAAGACCAUGUUGCCUGGCAAGGUAUCGAGAAAUGGUGUUUGACUGUGCUAGCAUUUGUCCAUCAACCUCCAAGACGG